CCGCUUCGAUUCCUCCAUCCAUAUAAAGUCGUCAUCAUAGCUAGGGUUUUGGAGCUCAAUCUUUCUCACUGUCUGCACCACCUAAGCUCAACGAGAAGCACUUGACUCGCCCUCGUCCUCGUAUAGUUAUCCCGUGGCCAUGAUUAUACCGGAGAAAAACCGCAGAGAGAUCUGCAAAUACCUCUUUCAAGAGGGAGUUUGUUAUGCAAAGAAGGACUAUAAUCUUGCCAAGCACCCAGAGAUCGAUGUGCCAAAUCUGCAGGUCAUCAAACUGAUGCAGAGCUUCAAAUCUAAGGAGUAUGUCAGAGAAACCUUUGCGUGGAUGCACUAUUAUUGGUACCUUACCAAUGAUGGAAUUGAACAUUUGAGGACUUACCUCAAUCUUCCAUCAGAAAUUGUGCCCGCUACCUUGAAGAAAUCCGCAAAGCCUCCCAGUCGCCCUAUGGGUGGUCCCCCUGGUGAUCGUCCACGUGGCCCACCUCGCUUUGAGGGAGGCUCAAGGUUUGGUGAUCGUGAUGGAUACCGUGGAGGUCCUCGUGGACCUUCAGGUGAUUUUGCUGGUGAGAAAGGAGGGGCACCUGCAGAUUUUCAACCUUCCUUUAGGGGCUCUGGUGGAAGGCCUGGCUUUGGUCGUGGAGGUGGAGGUUAUGGUGGUGGUGCACCCCCCAGUUCAAGUUUUUCUUGAAUCCUCAUUGUUCAAUAGGAGGAUUUUGUUACUAAAUUUAGGGCUUACGAACUUACUGAGGAGAGAUGGUUUAAGUCCAUAGAGUGUGUUCUUCCCUACUGGUUUGUUUCUGGGAUUGUAGUAGAUUUAGCAAUUUUCUUUGGAUUAGCAAAGCAAUUAAUGAAGUUGGGUUUUUGAAACGAGUGCCAUAGAAAAUUGUUGUUAUAAAUUGUGCUCGUUAGUUAAAUAUAAUGAGAUCAUCAGCCUGGAUGCUACUAUGUUUUUAAUUUUUUUA